AUGAACACCGAUAAGAGAACCGUUGGUGAGCUUGCCACGCUCUACGCCACCCAGAUCAAGGGCAAGGUGAUCCUCACUACAGGCGUGUCGCCGGGUGGCGUCGGCGCCGGCUUCGUGACGGGGAUCGCCAAGGCGCAGCCCGCGCUCCUUAUCCUUGCCGGCCGCAACCGGACCAAGGUCGACCAGACGGCGCAGACCGUCUCGUCGGAGAACCCGGGUGUCGAGGUCCGAGUCCUGGACCUGGAUCUCGCGUCGCUCGACAGCGUCAAGGCCGCCUCCGCCGCAGUCAACGGCUGGGACGACGUCCCGCGCAUCGAUGUGCUGGUGAACAACGCCGCCGUCAUGGCCGUUGACUGGAAGGCAACGCCCGAGGGCCUCGACAGCCAGCUCGUGACCAACUACCUCGGCCCCUUCCUCUUCACUAACCUCAUCAUGGGAAAGAUCCUACAGUCUCCUGCCCCGCCCGUCGUCAACGUCACCAGCGACGGUCACCGCCUGGGGCCGGUCAGAUUUGAUGACUAUAACUUCCAGGACGGAGAGAACUACAAUAAGUGGCAGAGCUACGGUCAGUCCAAGACGGCUGUCAUGCUGAACGCCAUUUCGUUGGCCGAGAAGCUGGGGUCAAGCCACAACCUGGCCGCCUUCAGCGCGCACCCGGGUCUUGUCAUGAGUAACCUCGGCAGCCACCUAAAGAUGUUUGGAGAAUCCACCGAGGAUUUCGUGUCCAUGAUCGCCCUUGACCGGCUGCUGGGCAACAUGCCUGGCUUUGUAGACUGGUCCAAGAUGAACAUCGUGCCCGACCCGCCUGAGGUCGGCGCAAACAUCCUCGCCUACCGCGCGUUCGAUCCCGAGCUGUCCAAGCGUAAUGGGCAGUACAUACUGAGCGGCCGCGUCGCAGACCCGUUCACGGACACUGUCAAGCCUUGGGCCACCAGCUCGGUCGAGGCCGAGAAGCUGUGGAAGCUGAGCGAGAAGCUCGUUGGCCAGGAGUUUUCUUAUUAGGGGUGUUUCGGGAGGUCAUCCGCGGGGAUUAUUCAUAGAGAGAGUGAGAAAAUGAGCCAGCUUCCCCAACCUAGAGUAUGUUAGUCUUACGGAGCGUGAUGGACAUUCAGUUGCAAUCAAGGCCAUGGCUGUUGUUUGGAGAGGUCUAGAAUGGGACUUUGACUAGAAUGCUAUGGGAAGUAAAUACAU